AAAGUAUGACAUUACAUGAAACAUUGAUUCAUCUUCCCAAAAAAAUCGAGUGUUUUCAUAAAAAUUACAAAAACUACUUAAAAUAAACAAUUUUUCUAGGUUUGGUCUUCAAAAACCUACAAAAAAGAUGCCGGCUUACCAUUCACAAUUGCGUGACUAUUCCCAGUCUCUGGGUAAUGUCGCAGUCUUGCCAUUGAGAACUCAACACCGAGGACCAGCUCCUAUCAGUAACAGUGAACAAGACAUAAUUGAUGAAGCCCUCUACUACUUCAAAGCCAAUAUAUUCUUCCGGACAUUUGAGAUUAAGUCGGAAGUGGACAGAGUGCUAAUCUAUGUCACUCUCUACAUCACCGAAUGCUUAAAGAAGCUCCAGAGGUGCUCCAAUAAAAAUCAGGGGCAUCAGGAAAUGUAUUCUCUAGCUAUAUCAAAGUUUGAUAUUCCGGGAGAAGCUGGAUUUCCACUCAAUUCAGUCUAUGCAAGACCAUCAACUAGCCAGGAGGCAGAUUUAAUGCGUCAGUAUUUUUUGCAACUACGUCAAGAGACUGGGAAUCGUGUAUGUGAGAAAGUCUUCAGCGGAGAUGACGGAAAGCCAAGUAAGUGGUGGCUGUGCUUUGCCAAAAAGAAAUUCAUGGAUAAAUCCCUAUCUGGUCCAGGACAGUAGAGAGUCGCUGGGUGAAAGUUUGCGGCAAGAAAAAUCAGUAUCUUAUAGGAAGUUAAUACAUAAUGAUUUUUAUUGUCCUUAAUUGCUAAAGAAUAUUGCAAUAUACACAGAUUUAUUUGUAAAAAAAAAAUAGUGAUUACAAGGCCAAUGCCUUCUCUAAAUAACACCUGAGUAUCAACAGAAGAAGGUCACCCAGAAAAUUUAGUUUACAUUUUCUAGUAAAUGGCAUUUUUGUGGUUUUUUUCUGAGUGUGACUUGGAACUUUUGCUACCGCAUGAAUGAACGAAUCCAACUAGUGAAUUUUGCUGCGUCCGUAAAUACCACGUACUCCCGGAGGUCGCAAACUCCAGAUACAGGAUGCUUUAUGGCAAUUGAAAUUACCCCACGGAGCUGCCAUCGACCGUUCUCAUACAUAAUGAGCCCUCCGCCGGAAUCUCCCGUGCAUGGACCAUUGACUCCAUCACGCCAGCCACCACAAAUUGUUCUCGCGGACGUGAGAACGGCAAAAUCAUCACGAGAAUUGAUGCAUUCUUGCGAAGAAACAAGGGGAACCUGUGUCCUCUUGGGUAGAUAAGUCACCAAGUUGCCUUUUUCGUCACGUCCCCAACCAACUACAACGCCGGUUUUUCCAACAAAGUAUUCCUCGUCUGUUGGUAGGCUCCAUAGGCAGGCAGGACGAAUGUAGGUGCUGAAUUCCACACUUUCUUUCAGCACUAAAACAGCAAUGUCAGCAUCAAAGGAUCCCUGGGGAUCUUUGAGGAAUUCAGGAUGAAUAUUAAGGUCGCUCACUUCGGAAAUUGUUGCUCCUAAAAAAAGAAAGAUUCAAUAAAAUAACUCGAUGGAAGUA